ACCGGGGUUUAUGUAAUGUGAGUCCGAAGCCCGGAGGCGAUCAUUUAUGAAUACCUUGUGGAAUAUUUUAAACUAGAGACAAGCAGGCAGGCAGGUUAGCAUUAAAGACCAUGACAAGGCACUAUACUAUUUUGCAUAACCGUUUAUACCUCUGCAUUUCAUAUGAGAACAUUUUUAGUAAAUGUUUACUUACCCACACAACAUAAUUGCGAAAAUAGACAAGACAACUAUUGCGACACAACAUAACGCUAAUAUGGUUUGUUAACUCUAUUACGCAGCCGUAUUGAAACGACUCGUCAAAAUGCGGAAAUGCAUUUUCAUCAAUAACUUUUCCCUACGAUCGGUUAGUAGGCGAGUUUCUCGGUUUGAUGUGUAAACAAGAAACGGUCUCACCACAACCGGCGAAGCCACAGUCCGUAACGUACGUGGCCGACCGUAGUACCAACGUGUGUAGAAAUUCAUUUUAUUGUGCUCUGUUUUCCGACUUGUCAAUAAAUUGUAAAAGAAAGUGUUUGUGUUCGCGCGAUUUCGCGCCUAAAUUCUGUGACAGUGACAUUUUUUUGUGAUUAUCUGUGACAUUUUUUUAAUCCUUUGAUCGGAUUUUCGAAAUAUGGCAAACCCACCAGAAUUACGGACGGAGAGAGUGAAGCAAAUGUUCAGUUGGACUACGGCGGGAGAGACCUCGCCUCCGUCGCCGAUGGGCGACGCGAAGGAGUCCAAGAUGAGCCAGAUACAGUUCUCACCGCCUUUCGAAAAACAAGAGAACUCGGUAUGGCAGAAACGUCAGCAGGCUGUGUGUGUGCGGCACGCGUUCAAGCAUUAUGGCUCCAAGAAACGACCGAACCACGUGCUCAGUAACCUCAACAUGACAGUCGCUAAGGGCACAAUAUACGGUCUUCUAGGAGCGUCAGGGUGCGGUAAGACCACGCUGCUCUCGUGCAUCGUGGGCAGACGGAAACUGAACAGCGGAGAGAUAUGGGUGCUGGGAGGCAAACCGGGCACCAAGGGUUCAGGAGUUCCCGGCAAGCGUGUAGGCUACAUGCCUCAAGAGAUCGCUUUGUACGGAGAGUUCACCAUCCGGGAGACUAUGAUGUACUUCGGUUGGAUCUUCGGCAUGGAGACCAGGGAGAUUGUGGAGCGUCUGCGGUUCCUUCUCGACUUUCUCGACCUGCCCAGCGAGAAUAGAAUGGUUAAGAACCUCAGUGGAGGUCAACAACGUCGUGUCUCGUUCGCGGUGGCUCUCAUGCACGACCCCGAGCUCCUGAUCCUGGACGAGCCGACGGUGGGCGUGGACCCGCUGCUCCGUCAGUCCAUCUGGACCCACCUGGUGCGCAUCACCAGCUCCGGAGACAAGACUGUCAUCAUCACCACGCAUUACAUCGAAGAGGCGCGGCAGGCGCAUUGCAUCGGUCUGAUGCGGAGUGGUCGUCUGCUGGCCGAGGAGUCUCCUCAGGCGCUGCUGCAGAUGUACAGCUGUAUCUCACUAGAAGAUGUCUUCCUAAAGCUGUCCAGGAAACAAGGAUCAGAAACGCAACCCACACCGCAGCAGUCCAAUCAGUUAACUACUGCACCACACGGCUCAGCCAACGGUCAAGCGAAUCAAGUGGUGGAGCUGAAUGUAACUGGUGGUGCGCUCGGUCUGAACAAGAUGUCGAAGAGGGAGGAGGCGCCGUACGCGGCCGAGGAUGCGCAGGUGGUGGGGUUGGUGUUCCACCAGAGCAAGGAGGUGCUCAUCGUGGACCACGGGGCUGGCUCUAAUGGCGACAUUCCUGGCAAAGUGACCGACGUGACUCCUGAGUGCGAGGACUGUGGAAGCUGUCUCAAUUUCACAUCUCGCGGUAAGAUAAAGGCGCUGAUCCAGAAGAACUUCCUUCGUAUGUGGCGUAACAUCGGCGUGAUGCUGUUCAUCUUCGUGCUGCCUGUGAUGCAGGUCAUCCUGUUCUGUCUGGCUAUAGGACGCGACCCGAGCGGCUUGAGACUGGCGGUAGUUAACGACGACGUACGCAUUAUUGACGGCCUCUGUCCCUACAACGCGUCCUGCUCUAUGAAGAACCUCUCGUGUCGAUACCUGGACCAUUUGGAUAAUCAUACGGUGAAGGAGUAUUAUGCGAACCUCACGGACGCGCUGAAGGCGGUGGAAGAUGGCGAGGCAUGGGGCGCGCUCUACUUCAACGAGAACUAUACUGACUCACUCGUCGCGAGAUUGGCUUUAGCGGACACAGCUGACAACGAAACCAUAACGUCUUCGGAAGUACAAGUGUGGCUCGACAUGUCCAACCAGCAGAUAGGACUCAUGCUCAACAGAGACAUACAGUUCUCAUACCGAGACUUCGCCAAGGAUCUGCUAGAGACGUGUCACUACAACCCUAAGCUUGGCGACAUCCCCAUCGACUUCAUGGACCCCAUCUACGGCAACAAGAACCCCUCGUUCACAGACUUCGUCGCGCCUGGAGUUAUCUUGACCAUCGUAUUCUUCUUAGCCGUCGCCCUGACUUCCUCUGCCCUCAUAGUAGAACGUAUGGAGGGUCUCCUGGACAGGUCCUGGGUGGCGGGGGUGUCCCCCGGGGAGAUCCUGUUCUCCCACGUCGUCACCCAGUUCGUGGUCAUGUGCGGGCAGACCGCGCUGGUCCUGAUCUUCAUGAUCAUCGUCUUCGAAGUCAAGAAUAAUGGAAACAUCAUGUUUGUUAUCAUGCUGACGUUGCUGCAAGGUCUGUGCGGCAUGUGCUUCGGCUUCGUGAUAUCAGCUGCCUGCGAGCUGGAGCGUAACGCCAUCCAGCUGGCUCUGGGCUCCUUCUACCCCACACUCCUGCUGAGUGGGGUCAUCUGGCCCAUCGAGGGCAUGCCGUGGGUCCUGCGCUACGUGUCCCUCUGCCUGCCCCUGACCCUCGCCACCAACUCCCUCCGAUCUAUCCUGACCAGAGGCUGGCCCAUCACUGACCCAGAGGUCUACAUGGGCUUCGUGUCAACUCUCGCUUGGAUAGCCCUGUUCUUAGUCGUCACGCUCACCAUCCUGAGGUUCAAGAGGAAUUAGGUUGCCAUCGCCGGUCGACUGGUUGUAUCCGUCCACUUGUGUUUUCUUAUGAGUAAAUAUCUGCGAUAUUCUAUCGUCUAGUAAAGUUACGAUAGAAAGUAUUAAAAUUUAAUCACCUUGCUUAGUCAAGACUCUGAGAUACAUAGCAAAAUUUUAUUUGCAUUUACUUGCAAAAAUAUGAAAAUCAUAAAAAAAUGGACACCUAACUUUUGUAAAUUAAAAUCGCUAAAAUAUUAAGUUUUGUAAAUUCAUAUCCGUAUUUAUUCAUAGGAGAAUACAAACAUAUCCAGGAUUGCUCAUAAAACACUUAAUAUAACAAUAUUUUUGAUGUUAAUGACAAUUACCAACGAUGUAUGAAAUAAAGCAUACUAAGAAAUGCUCAAAACUAUAAUAUACGCUGAGUCGGUUAAACUUAGAUUAUUUAUGGGUUUCAGUGCAAAAGUGACCGAACAAAACGUAUUUAAUAAAAACCUAAGAAUAAUAUAUCAAUUGGAUAAUAAUAAUUUACAUUUAAAAUAUUUUUGCUCUGACACCCGUUUCAAACUUUUGCUCAAAAACGAACAAACUGUUUUUAUAACUUAGUUCUUAUUGACUGUUAGUCACGAUGUAAAUAGUAGCCUAUAUUUAUACGUUAGUGUCAAGAUGUACGUGUAGGGUUAACGGGAAUGUUAGCAAUAAUGAUUGGUCCAACGCUUUUUAGGGUUAAAUGUGCUUUUGUUUUUAUUUCAGGACUUUAAACUUACAAUACAGUGGUAUAAUACGUUUUUCAUUUGAUUCAUUACUUAAACAAUUCAAAGUAAUGACAUUUUUUUUUUCAUGGCAGCACCAGUAUUCUCAAUAAAUUUAAUGUAUUCAAUCCUAAGAUAAAAACAGGAGCACUUCGCUAUCAUCGGUAAGGGACAUUAUAUGUAAGAUUUUAACAUUCAAUGUUGAAAAUACCUGAUAAAUGAGUUACCAUAGAAUAAGAUGGUGCCAUAAACAAUAAUGGUGUAUAAGAAACUUUCAAAAACCCUUUUAUUGGUCCCGAAAUUAACUGAUUUUGACUUUAAUUAUUUUGUAACUAGCAUUUUGUCUUUUCUCUAUUUGACAAGUGUGUGAAUAAUUAAAUGUAAUAGAGGAAUUAUAAAAUGAUAAUUAUGAAGUGAAGAGCAGCGCCAUCUUGUUUUUGAACGGCAACCCCAAACUUUAUGGUAUCGAAAUCUAUUGUAAUCAAUGGUCGCAUGUUUUGUAGAUGUAGUGAUGUACAGAUAAUUAGGUAAUAUGGAAAGUAGACUUGGUAGAUAAAAUAGAAUAUAAGUUAUACGUGGCGUUUUGUAUAAAAUAUUACCUUUUUUAUAAUAACGGUCAAGAUGUCGCUUUAGCAAAUAAACAUCGAAUAGUUGUGUAAAUCGAUCGAUAGGUGUCGUGGCGAUGUGUCGAUUGUGUGUAGAAUAAAUUAAUUGUAUCUUAGAAGUGUCAGACUGUGAUUAUUUUUGCUAACAUUGACAUUUUUGUAAUGACAACUAUACAAUAAAUACUGUACCAAAUAAA